AUGGCCAGCGAAGACAAGCGUGUGUGCGAGGGCGCAGACUGCAGCAACGAGGCAGGCACGCUGCAAUGCCCUACCUGCCAGAAGCAGGGAAUGACCAGCUUCUUCUGCAGCAACGACUGCUUCAAGCGCAACUGGAGCGAGCACAAGAAGAAGCACAAGUCAACGAGUAACCCUCUCCGCUCCCUGUUUGCUCCCAAAGUCAUUUCUGAACCUGACCCAGCAACCGGCACCCACAACCCUUUCCCGGCCUUCCCAUACACCGGCGAUCUCAGACCCGUCUACCCUCUAUCGCCAAAGCGCAAGGUCCCCGAACACAUUCCCCGCCCCGACUACGCCAAAGAUGGCAUUCCGCGCUCCGAGCAGGUCUUUGUUGGCAAGAACAAGAUCACCAUUCUCGACAAGACCCAGCAGCAAGGCAUGCGCAAGGUCUGCAGGCUGGCACGCGAGGUUCUGGACAUUGCCGCUCGCGCCGCUAAACCCGGCGUCACUACCGACUACAUCGACGAGGUCGUUCACAAUGCUUGUGUUGAAAGAGACUCAUACCCCUCGCCCCUGAACUACUGCCACUUCCCCAAGUCCGUCUGCACCUCCGUCAACGAGUCCAUCUGUCACGGUAUUCCUGACCAGCGCGUCCUCAAGGACGGCGACAUCAUCAACAUCGACGUCACUUUGUACCACGGCGGCUUCCACGGCGACAUCAACGAGACCUACUAUGUUGGCGACAAAGCUCUGGCAGACCCCGAUUCAGUCCGUGUCGUUGAGACUGCCCGCGAGUGUCUAGACGAAGCCAUCAAGAUCGCAAAGCCCAACACACUAUUCAGAGAGUACGGUCCGGUCAUCGCAAAGCACGCCGAGGACAGAGGCUGCAGCACCGUCAAGACCUACUGCGGCCACGGAAUCAACACCUUGUUCCACUGUGCCCCCAAUGUUCCCCACUACGCAAAGAACAAGGCAAUCGGUAUGGCCAAGCCCGGCAUGUGCUUUACCAUCGAGCCCAUGAUCUGUCUCGGAACCUACAAGGACCGAACAUGGCCCGACAACUGGACCAGUGUUACUGUUGACGGCAAGCGCUCUGCUCAGUUCGAACACACUCUUCUCGUGACAGAGACCGGUGUCGAGGUCCUGACGGCACGUCUGCCCGACUCACCUGGCGGCGCCGUGGCCUGGCCCGGAACAGCGAACGGUCUCCCCGCUGCCGCAUAA